GCGUGACUAUAUGUUACGUACGCAUUUAUGUAUUUUUAUUAUACAAAAAAGUUAAUAUUGUUUGAUAAGUACCUUUCACAUAAACUUAAUUUUGGUAUUAUGACAAUAUUUAUAAUUAAUUACAAUUCAAAUUAAAUUUUGCGUUACUUAGAAAUGUAUAACAAGACGAACUUAGUAAUUGUCAACAACGUUUACCGGGCAUAAAGAUAUUAAAUUAUAUAUCUGUUCAACAUUGAUACUGUAAUGUAAACAAACGUUAUCAGACAUAGCUAUAUAUAUUAAGAAGUUUAGAGAGUGUCGACAAGAAUGUGCAAAAUUACAUUUCCAAGUAAUAAAGUGUGCUAUACAGCAAUAUCAUAGUUGAAGUUUUUGUAUGCGUAGAGUUAAUAACUCACAUUUUCUUUUAAAAAACGUUAACAAGACUAAAGGUUUCUCUAAAGGAUGCAUGGAAUUAUUGAACUAAUUUUGAACAGUGCUUUAUUAUGGAUAUCUUUACAAGUUACUUGGAGUAUCUUGAUAAAUGUUUUUUAUAACUUUUGCAUACCAUGGAUUGUUUGGGGUUCUCUCAUUAUCGCAGUUGGACUAAAAAUAGCCAGGAUUCCACCACCAAAUUUAAACAUUGUGCAAGAAGUGCUUGGUGUAAAUCCUCUUUCAUUGAAAAAAGAUAAUACCAUGUCCAAAGAUCAUGGUAAUGGAGAACAAUAUUGCAUGCGAGUGGUGGCUCAUCGUGGUGGAGGAUAUGAUUUUCCUGAGAACAGCUUAACAGCCUUUCGUAAUAGCAAAGAAAGAGGGUGUACUGCUGUUGAACUUGAUUUAUGUCUUACAAAAGAUAAUGUGCCCAUAAUAUUUCAUGAUUUAACAAUUGAUAGAGUUACUGGAAAAACUGGUAAUGUUAAGGAUAUGACUUGGGAUCAAUUAAAACAAUUAGAUAUUGCUCAUAAUCAUCCACUUAAAGAUAAAUUUAUUGAAGGUGAAAAAAUUCCAUUACUUUGUGAGGCUAUAGAAACAUGUUUAUCAAACGAACAAAGAAUAAUUAUUGAUAUAAAAGAAUCAAGAAUGGAGAUUGUGCAAGUAAUUUUAGAUACAUAUAAAAAGUAUCCAAAGUUGUAUCAAAGAGCAAUUGUAUCCAGUUUUAAUCCUAUUAUUGUAUAUAUGAUUAGAAGAAAGGAGCCUCGAAUUGUAGCAGGUCUUGCAUGGAGACCACAUUAUUUUUCAAGAGUGUCAUAUUCAGGUUCAGAUGGUCCAGGUCCAACAAAAUAUAACAAUCCAUUUAAACAUAUAGCAGUUUGCUUAUUCGACCAUAUUUAUGCAUGGAUGUUCCACUGUUUUAUAUAUUAUAUCGUGGGUGUAUCUACUCUAUUAUUGCAUAAAGAUGUACUGAAUCAGUAUAUUAUAAGAAAAUGGUAUAAUCGUGAUAUUCGUAUAAUGGCAUGGACGGUGAACCUACCAUCAGAGAAAUUACAUUUUUCCCGGCUAUUUAAAGUUACAUAUUUGACAGAUACAUUGUUAGGUGAAAAAGAUAUGUAAUAAUAUAUCAUAUAUUCUAUAUGUCCUAAAUGAGCAUAUUUUAUACUACUGACAUAUUAUCACUACAUUAAAUAAUAAUCUAGUCUAUUCAUCAAAAUGAUGAAUCUUAUUUAUAUC